AUGGCACCAUUAUCUGAUGAUGAUGAUAAUAACAAUAAUUAUUAUGGAUUAAAUAAUCGAUUACAAUCGCUUAAUUCUGAACAAUUAGCUGAAUUGAGUGAAUAUUUUGCACUUCAAGCUAAUGAAGAUCCAACAUCUGAAAAUAUAGAUCGUAAUUCAGAUGAAAGAUCUAUGACUAAACGUGAUGCUUUAUGGACAACAACAGAAGUUCUCGAUUGUAUUCGACGUGUAAAAUUAUACAAGAAUAGUUCAAAACUUGAUCUUGUCACAGAAAUGCUCAAUUGUUAUCGACGUUUGAAACAUGCUGACACCGAAAUACUUGUUGGUAUUCAACAAAAAUCUUCAACAAUCAUCGAUUGGCUUCCAAUUUUAUCUAUAAUCUUAGCUGUUAUUAUUUGUCUCAUUGCUUUCAUUGUUUUAUGUAAACAACAAAUAGAUCAUCGUCAUUAUAUUUAUUCACAAAUAAGACGACGACGACGAUCAGAUAAUCGAAAUAAAAAUAAUAAUCAAAUGUCUUUGGAUGAAAUUGAUGUCGCUGAAUGUAUCGAUAGUGAUAUGGAAUUUAUACCAGGACUUAAUAUAUUAUUGGCUAAAGGUAAUAUAAUACUGGAUGAUAAUGAUGCUGAAAUGCUUAAUUCAAUGAGUACAUUUGAUCGUCUUCAAUAUUUUCAAACACUUCUUAAUCAUGUUAAAUAA